AUGAAUUCUCAGAGCAGUCUCAAGAAGUUGUCCUCAGGUGGUGACAUCGGUGGUCAACCCGUUAAAAAUAUCGCAUUGGCGGGUGCUACUGGCACGCUCGGGACGGCGAUUCUACAGACCUUGCUCAGCUCUGGCGACUUCUUUGUCACUGUUCUCACACAAAAGACCUUCGAUCAGGACUUCCCUCCCUCUGUCAAAGUUAUCUCUAUUAAUUACGAGUCUGGAGACUCCAUAUCGGCAGCCCUGCAAGGCCAGGACGUCCUAAUCUCGUGCCUGGGAACAGCUGCUAUUGCCAAGCAGCGCCUGCUCAUUGACGCUGCCAUCGCCGCCAACAUCAAGCGUUUCAUUCCUUCCGAGUUUGGGAGUGAUUUGCAGAACCUCAAAGCGCGCUCUCUUCCCAAUUAUCGGCAAAAGGCCGCCAUAGAGGACUACCUUACGGAUCGAUCCCGUGAAGGUCGGAUGACUUAUACACUAAUAUACAAUGGCGCGUUUCUGGACUGGGCCAUCAAAGCCGGUUUGCUUAUCGAUCUUAGAGGUCACAAAGUUACCUUAUAUGACGGCGGUGACCGACCCGUCUCAGCCACUCGUCUUUCGACUGUCGGGAAGGCGGUCGUCGGGGUACUUAACCAUUAUGACGAGACGGCGAACAGAGCCAUCUAUGUCCAAGACAUCGCGAUCUCUCAGAAGAGGCUGUUAGAAAUUGCGCAGAAGCUAACACCGGAAGAGACAUGGACCGUCGAGACUGCUGACACCGCCCAGAUGGAGGCAGAGGCUCGGGAGCAGCUCUCCAAAGGGUCCUCUGAUCCCAGAAUAUGGUAUGCCUUUGUCAAAAGAGCUGGCUUUGGGGACGGCUAUGGUAGUCACUUUCAGGAACUAGACAACGACCUCCUCGGCAUCCCAGAGAUGACGGAAGGGGAGAUUGAGUCACUGAUGGCCAGCUUGAUGGGCCAGGACGAUCCUUCCUUUGAGUAG